CUCAUGACCCUCCCAAGAUGGCGGCGCCGCCCGGAGCUGUUUUUCUCUGUGCGGCGGGCCCGCCCCUAGGGUGCUCGUCGGAGUGAGGGCGGCGGGGGCGGCCAUGGAGGCCCGGGCGGAGGGAGGGGCCGCUGCUGGGAGCCCCCCCAGCCUCUUCGAGCUGAGUGGGGUGGUGGUGAGCUCCGCCAUGGGGACCCUGGAGAGAGAGGUUUGGGCACUCCCUGGACAGAUACUCCAAGGCAUCCUGCCUUUACUUAAUAUCUAUUACCUGGAAAGGAUUGAGGAAACUGCUGUGAAAAAAGGACUCUCAACACAGCCCAUAUGGCACAAACUCUGGAACGAUGUGAUGAAAAUCAGACCACCCAAGUCAGAGAACAUAACAAGUUGGAGGAAGAAGUUCCUUGAAACUUUCUUCUCAAAUGUCCUGCAUGGAGUUUUGGAUGUUUCUUCAGAUCAGCGCCUGAGCGACCAUCGUUUUUCACCCCUACUCCACAGCUCACGGCAUGUUACGCAGCUCACCAUCUGUAACAUGCUGCAGGGGGUAGCAGAGCUCACUGCUGAACCCAACCAAAGAGUGCUAGAAAACCUAGCUGGCUCAUUGAGAACCUUGAAGUUCCAUCUGCUGACCUCUGAUCUGUCCAUUAGACAUUCACUAAGUUUGCUGCUUCAUCAUCUGAUCCACCAUGGAGCUGUCAGCCAGGUGUCCAUGUGUUCCUGGCCAGUUCCUGACAAAGUACUUUUAGUCCUCAUUCUGAGUAUGAGUGCUGGGUUUUGGCACCCAGGUAAGACACUUAUGCACCAGGGCAGCCCUUGCAGUCUUUGCAGAGAGGAGUCUGAUGCCCAAAGCCUGCUAACUCAAGAGGAUGGUGCCCUGCUAGGGUCAAAUCAGCUGUGCUGCGGGUCUACUGAGCAAUCAGAGACUGGCCAGUGGGGUGAUAGUGAGUCAAGAAGCAAGAAGGUCCAAACUGCUUCAGCCAAAGUGCUUCAAGAAGCUGAUGCAGAUUCUCAAGCGUCUAUAGAACUGUCCAGGAGCAGUAGUGGCACUGUUAAAACUCCAAUGCUCUGUGGAUUAAGGAGCCACCCUUUGCAAAACCUAGCAUGUCAAGAUGUAAGCUGCACGGUGCCCCCUGAAUAUUACAACAUUAAAGGAGAGUCUUCUCCUUCUCUACCAAAAAGGUCUUCUGUUGGCCCCGCUUUCCGAAAGCCCUGUAGACGGCUUAAGACUGCAGUGGGGAGGAAGCGACGCAGCCCCAGGAGAAACCGCAGAGCUCAUGCAGAGCCGGAAGAUCUUUACGAUUUUGUCUUCGCCGUUGCUAGGGAGGAGGAGGAGACGACAGAGUCGCUCUAUGAAAGCAAUGCCCAGGAGGGGGAAAGCGUUGAUGGCUGGGCCUCUUCCCCAGCAGACACUCCUAGCUUUGAGGGCGUGGGCUGUACGGAAGGAGGCUCUGUCGGAAUCCUUCCUCUGAAAGCGGCUUGCCGCUUCCGAAGUGUCUCCACGCUGGAAUUGUUCUCCAUCCCUCUGACUGGGGACACCUGCCGGGCUUUGGGGAACCUGCUGAGCUCUUGGGUAUCUUUAGAGAAGCUGGUUCUGUCUUACAAUGGCCUGGGCGCUAAUAUCUUCCGCAUCCUGUCUGGGCUCCGGGCCCUCUCUCACCGCAGAGACUGUAGCCUCCACGUGGUGCGUGUGAGUGACGUGUUCGCACACAUCCCCUCAGUGGAGCUUGUUCGGUCCAUCCUGACUGCCUUCCCCCGCCUUCACACACUCUCGGUCAGCUUUGAUCUCAAAAACCAGCUGGAGGGGAACAGGCCAGAAAGGCAUUCGAGCUCGGAGGCAGAAAUUCCAGAGAGCUGCCUGGAACAGUUAGAGAUCCGAUUCCCCAGAGAACCUCUGCAGACCAGUCUCCUUUUGCCUGUGUUGAAAGCCUCAAGGUCUCUCCAGCAAUUGUCCCUGGACAGUGCUACCAUUUCCUGUCCCCUGGAGUUUGGGCUCCUUCUGCAGGCACUCAAAGAGUGUAAUCCAGGCCUGAAGAGACUGAGCUUCCAUGAUGUGAACCUUGCUGACUACCAGAAGGAAGUUCUCCUCCUGCUGCAGGACCCUGUCCUUCAAGAAAUUACAUUUUCCUUUUGUCGGCUGUUUGAAAGCUGCACCACUGAGUUUCUAUCCGACAUAAUCCAAAUAGUGAAGAGAAAUUCAACUCUGAAGAGCCUCAAAUUGCCUGGAAACAGACUUGGGAAUCACAGGUUGGUUGCCUUGGCUGACAUUUUCUCUGAAGAUUCAUCCUCUUCCAUCUGCCAGUUGGACGUCAGCUCAAACUGCAUCAAGCCGGACGGGCUCCUGGAGUUUGCGAAGAAGCUGGAGAGCCACAUCCUGCAGAGAGGCGGGCAGAUCAAGUUUACCCACCUCCGCCUCUUUCAGAACUGGUUGGACCAAGAUGCUGCAACAGCUCAAGAGGCGCUUCGGCGGCUCAGAGCCGUGUGCAACGUGGUCAGCAACACCUGGGACUCUUCGCAGGCCUUUGCUGACUACAUUAGUGUGAUGUAAAGAGCGCCCAGGAACUGCUGUAACAUCGAUAGCGAGAGCUUGAAAUAAAGUUGUACAGAACAGUG